CGAACGCGCGAUCCUCUCAUAGCCAAAUUUGUCCAUGAGAAUUGUAACCGCACACUCUCUUCUUUUGAAGGCAGCCAGCGCCCCUCGCCGCUCACCACCGUUCUCACUGCCCACCUGCUUAUCGACCAAAGCACGGAGUUUUAGCCCAUUUUCUUUCAGGCCCAAGAAAAAAGGAGGCAGUCUUCCCAGAUAUAUCCCUAGGAUCUGCGAUUCAGUUGGACAUAUCAAAAUGGCGCAACCAACAGGUGGUCAAGCUGCUGGCAGUGGCGGGAACCAUCCCAAUUAUCCUGACCUUAGCAAGCAUAAUAAUUAUUUGGCUGAGGGUAUGACGCCUGCCAUCUACAAGAAGCUUGCUGAUCUUCACACACUUUCUGGUUACUCCGUGGAUGAAUGCAUGCAAACUGGCGUGGACAAUCCAGGACAUCCUUUCAUCAAGACUGUCGGAUUGGUGGCUGGGGAUGAAGAGUCUUUCGAUCUCUUCCGUGACCUUUUCGAUCCGGUUAUUAGUAAGAGGCACAACGGCUAUCCCACCAACGCCAAGCACGUUACCGAUAUCAACCCAGACCAUCUUGUCGGGGGCGACGACUUGGAUCCAAAGUAUGUCCUGUCAUCUCGGGUUCGUACAGGUCGCAGCAUCAGAGGAUACGCCCUCCCUCCAUACUGCUCGAGGGCUGAACGACGAGACGUAGAGAAAAUUUGCAUAGACGCACUGGCAACUCUAGAUGGGCCACUCAAAGGCACAUACUUCCCACUGAAGGGCAUGACAACUGAACAGCAGGACAAACUAAUUGCAGAUCAUUUCCUAUUCGAUAAGCCUGUUUCUCCUUUGCUUAUGUCAGCUCGCAUGGCCCGUGAUUGGCCUGAUGCACGUGGGAUCUGGCACAAUGCCGAUAAGAACUUCCUGGUUUGGGUUAACGAGGAAGAUCAUACUCGGGUUAUUUCCAUGGAAACAGGUGGCAACAUGAAGAAUGUCUUUACCCGAUUCUGUAAUGGUCUCAACAAAGUCGAGAAUGCUCUCAAAUCGAAAGGGUAUGAAUUCAUGUGGAAUGAGCAUCUUGGGUAUGUGCUCACUUGUCCAUCCAAUCUUGGUACAGGCGUGCGUGCAGGAGUCCACGUCAAGAUUCCCCAUUUCAGCAGGCAUCCGGAUUUCCAAGCCGUUCUGACUCAUUAUCGACUCCAGAAGCGCGGCACAGGAGGCGUGGACACAGCAUCCACUGACGGCACAUUCGACAUCUCAAACGUAGAUCGUCUUGGCACUUCUGAAGUACAACAGGUUCAGACCGUGGUUGACGGUGUCAAGAAGCUUGUGGAGUUGGAAAAGGUCCUUGAGAGUGUCAGCCUAUUGAUACCACGAGACCCAGCGGUGGUUCAAGCAGAACGUACGAAAGAAGGAUAUCCAGACUUUUCCAAGCACAACAACCAUAUGGCCAACUGUCUGACAUACGACAUUUGGAAAAAUCUCAAGGACAAGAAGACGCCCAGUGGCUAUACUCUGGAUGGCUGCAUCGGAACAGGAGUCAUGAACCCUGGUCAUCCUCACAUCAUGACCGUCGGAAUGGUAGCCGGAGAUGAAGAAUCCUAUGACGUCUUCGCUGAUAUCUUUGACCCAGUCAUUGAUGCACGACACGGAGGUUACGCCAAAGAUGCAGUUCAUGUCACCAACUUGAAGUUUGCAGAUCUCAAAGGAGGAGAUAACUUGGAUCCCAAGUACGUAUUGUCUUCUCGUGUUCGCACAGGACGCAGCAUCCGCGGAUAUGGUCUCCCCCCGCACUGCACUGUGGAAGAGAGAGCUGCCGUAGAGAAAAUCACGAUCGGAGCACUUGCCAAAUUUGAUGGAGAGUUGAAGGGAAAAUACUACCCACUGGAAGGGAUGUCAGAAGAAAUGCAAACAAAGCUGAUAGAUGACCAUUUCCUCUUUGAUAAGCCUGUAUCUCCGCUUCUCACAGCUGCAAAAAUGCACCGCGAUUGGCCACAGGGAAGAGGAAUUUGGCAUAACGACAACAAGAACUUCUUGGUGUGGGUCAAUGAAGAAGAUCAUAUCCGUGUCAUCUCUAUGGAGAAGGGUGGGAACAUGCGAGGGGUCUUCAAGCGUUUCUGUGAAGGUUUGCAGAAGUUCGAGCAGACAGUCAAGAAGGAUGGUAAGGACAUUAUGUGGAACAAACAUCUGGGAUACGUACUUACCUGCCCAUCCAACUUGGGAACCGGUCUACGCGGUGGCGUCCAUGUGAAACUGCCUCUGCUGAGCAAGUAUCCGAGAUUCGAUCAGGUCCUGAGAGCCCUCCGACUUCAGAAGAGAGGUACAGGUGGAGUAGAUACUGCCUCAACUGAUGGAACCUUCGACAUCUCUAACCUAGAUCGUCUUGGUACUUCUGAAGUACAACAGGUUCAGACCGUGAUUGACGGCGUAGAGCUUCUCAUCAAAAUGGAGAAGAAACUCGAGAAGGGAGAGGACAUCUCUGAUCUGCUACCGCAGCAAUGCCGUCCUAAACCACCAAUAAAGCCUUUCAGUUCUGACUACCCCGAUUUCUCUCUGCACAACAACUGGAUGGCCAAGUGCAUGACCGAAGAAAUCUACAACAAGAUUUGCAACUUGAAGACAAAAGGUGGAGUCACCCUGAAUGACUGCAUUCAAACCGGCGUUGACAAUCCUGGACAUCCCUACAUCAUGACUGUUGGUUUGGUAGCUGGAGAUGAAGAGUGCUAUAAGGUCUUUGCCCCUCUCUUCGACCCGGUGAUAAGUAAACGACACGGUGGAUACGCUAUUGAUGCCAAACACCCUACCAACCUCAAUGCAGCAGAACUCAAAGGCGGAGAUGAUUUGGACCCCGACUUCGUUCUGUCCAGUCGUGUCCGCACUGGUCGUUGCAUCCGCGGCUUAGCUCUUCCCCCAUGUUGCACCAGAGCAGAGCGUGCUGCAGUUGAGAAAAUUACAGUAGAUGCAUUGGCUACCUUAGAUGGGCCAUUGAAAGGAAAGUACUACCCACUAACCGGUAUGACAGACGAAGAGCAAGAGAAGCUCAUCGAAGACCACUUCCUCUUUGACAAGCCUGUAUCCCCGCUUUUGCUUUGUGCCAAUAUGGCACGUGACUGGCCACAGGGUCGUGGUAUCUGGCAUAACGAUGAGAAGAAUUUCCUUGUCUGGGUCAACGAGGAAGAUCACACUCGAGUCAUCUCCAUGGAGAAGGGCGGAAACAUGAAGCGAGUGUUUGAGAGGUUCUGCGACGGUCUCAAAAAGGUCGAAGAUUCCAUCAAGUCCAAGGGUUACCAGUUCAUGUGGAAUGAGCAUCUUGGUUAUGUACUGACAUGUCCAUCCAAUCUAGGUACGGGACUGCGUGCAGGCGUCCAUGUCAAGGUUCCUUUGCUAAGUCAACAGAAAAUCUUCGACACUAUCCUUGAUCACAUGCGUCUGCAAAAGCGAGGAACAGGAGGUGUAGACACAGCCUCUACUGACGGCACCUUUGAUAUCUCCAACUCGGAUCGCAUCGGUUUCUCCGAAGUCCAUCUUGUCCAACAACUCGUAGACGGUGUCAAGCUCCUCGUCAACCUUGAAAAGGCUCUCAUGAAGGGAGAAGACAUCAACAGUCUCCUGCCAGAGAAACUACGGUCAGCACCAGCAGCAAAAAAGUAAAAACUAAGAUCAAUACCUUUACUGAACAAACUGGAAUUUGAAUCUCAAAUGUAGAAUAGUAACUGUUCUCUUGAAUAUUACCCAAUCAUACGUCGAGGAAAGUCGCUUUAAGCGGUUUCGAAAGGAGCAGAUUUAUUUGGGAAACUAAACUAUGUUUACAGAACGCCUACUUUUUGACAAACAAUACUUAGAUACCGUACUAUCACGUGCAAGAAAGUUAAACCAAAUAACAUUCAUAGUACAAAAAUGACCAAGAAUGGCAUUCAUUAUUUACGACAUUAGUUUUGUCAUCAAACCUCCUUAUUCAGAGCAGAUCUGGCUCUUCAGGAUUCUGUAAUAUUAUGCUACAACACAGGUGAAUUUGAGAUGAAAUUAGACGCCACUGAAUUGCUCUUUUGUCGAAGCUAAAGAAGAAUCGCAUUAUUCCGCUGACAUCGAACCUGCUGAAUUGCUCUCAUGGGCCGUUAAGUGGUAUCCAAAUGGCAGAUAGCGAUUUCAAUGCCUUACAUAUUCCUGGAAGAUGAAAGUGUUUAUCAAUUAAAAAAUCCAUGGUUCUUACCACUUUCAAGAAACUGUAAAUCGCGCGAAUGGUGAUAUCGCCGUAACACGUGCGGGAUCAGCAUUACUUUUAGUGGGCAUCAAUGGAGGUAAAAAUCGACAGAGGCAGAGGGCGUGUUUGAUGUUUCUAGUAUUGUCCAAAGUGCAUACUGAUACGCCAAAGCCUGGUCUUAGUCUCAUGAGAGUUCCAAUAUCGUUUGUAUAAAUCCAUGUACAAAUUAUACUAUACCAUUCUCCCAAAGGAAAAUUUGAAAUUGGUAAUUUGGGACCUGAAAAUUCCGCCGGUCCGGGAGACUGUUACAAACGGGGCAGGUCCAUGGUUGUAGUUGAUUAACUUUGAUGGUGGUACUGAAAGUUCAGUUCCAUCAAAUGCAAUUAAGAAAGGAAACGCACAAUUCAAGAUUUCUAAAAAACAGACGUAAAGGACUGAAUAAGUGAACCGAAACGAGGAAAAAGUAGGGAUUACUGAAGAAACAUGUAUUGUGAGGUGAUAAAUGCAAAUAAAUCCAUAUGCGUGUAAUUGGCGUGACAAUCAAUGAUAAAUCUUGUUUGCAAUAUUCUCCUGCUCAAAACUGAUGAGUUAUCGACAAAUAUUGAUGUGAUUGUAUUCUAAAGUCGUUAUUGACAAUUCAUUUUAAUUAAAGAGUGAAAUUGACGUGACUUUGCAAAACAUAUCUAGUUGUUUUUUCAUAUUUUUUUCACUUUCAUUUUUUCCUUUUAUUUCAUUUCCAAGAACAUGAAGGAGAUAUAACACUAACAAAGAUAUAAGAAAAGAAAGGUCAAUAAUAAAUACAAGAAAAAAAAAGAAGAAAAAAAAAAGAAAAAAAAGAUUAUUUGAAAAAAAAUAUGUUGAUAUUGUAUGUUGGGUAGCGUGCAAAUACGUUGUAAUACAUGUGAAUUAUAGAAAGUUAUAAUUAUUAGUAGUCGUGUACACUUGCUUAUGGACUCCUAAGUCAGCACAAGAAAAGUUGUUUUUGUUGUUGUACAUAAUGUAAUCGAUUGGAAAGAACUCAUUGACUGUGCAGAAGAUUAUGAUAUCUCAGAACUAUUUCCUGGUGAUCACUAUGUUUUUGAACAACAUGCUGAGCUAAAUUAGAAGGGAAAUGUUUUGAUUAGUAUUAAAUGGUUAUAUUUAAUUUUAUUAUUAUGAAUUUAAAAUUAUUUGACGUGUUGUUUUCUUUCUUGCCAACUUGACUUAAACUAAAGCAGAAUGUAUAGCAAUUCGACUUUUAUAUAGCUUUGAUGUUUUCUUUUUCGUGGGUACUUAUUUGUUAGGCUUAUGCGUUAUUUUUAUAUUCAAUCGUUUGUAGCAACAGAGAAAAAACAGAGUCUGCUUAUUGACUUAAAUUCAUUUUUAUUUGGUCUCCGUAUUCACCUCUGAAUGACUAUUACAAAGCAAGAAGAAGAUCUAGAUUUGGUUUUGUCACUCUGUGUCAUGAAAAGGAUCUAUAAACAGUUUAUUCUGUUUCAUUUUUAAAUCACUAGCGAUUUCGUUCAGUCACAAUUUGCUGUUUCACUUUGCUUGAGUCAUUUGCAUUUUCUUCAUCAUUCAUUUGUUGUUUUUAUUUUACUUCAUUAAAAUACUCGAACAUUUUUAAUGUAAAACGUAACAAAGAAAUUCAGGCCAAAACAUGAAAUCAACAUUUGCGAUCUGUUCUGGAGUUAAGAAGAAAUCUAAUCUACACGUAUGACAGUAUACAAAAAGGGGGUCGAUUAUCUCGAAAGUUUUCGCUUAUUUUCUGUGUCUGCACCACUAAUCAAUAAAUAUGUGAUCUUGAUUGAUUGGGUCUCAUACAGGGUAUCACAAUCAGUGUAUACACAUUGUUUCCAUUUUUGUGUGAUUUAGAUUAUGAUUUUAUUCUUAUGUUUGGUUUGACAAGGAAAUGCUUCCAUUUACGCUUAAACUUUGAUGUUGUUUAUUUUGCGUAAGAGGGGUUGCAGCGUUAAACACACUCUGCACAAUCUGCUAUCCACGGAAAUUGUGAUCAAGAUUUGGUGUUGAUGCAAAAGCUUAAAGGGAAAUUUAUUUUACUCUGAUGAAAGAGUGUCAAUAGCUCCCUCUGGUGAUGAUUGCUCGUCGAUGCCCGAGUUGAAAGCUAGAGUUCGAGUCAAAUGAAAUAUCUGUUAGUAAAUCAGAUCUAAAUAAAAAAAGAAAUUAUGCAACCCCA